CUACAAACACUCGAAUGGCGGUCGAGCCUGACUACUCUCCUGAUCCAAGUUGGACGUAUUUCUCGGCCCAGAAUGAUAUCCUCAUUACUACAUCCCAGCAUUGCCCGGAGCGGCCAUAUGUGUCCUUGCAGCUGGGCAGUCCAGCCAUCAAUAUCUCCGGCCAAGAAUUGUGUGUCCGCCGUAUCAUUUUCACAACCGUCUCCCACGAUCAAGGAUUCAGCGGCUCUCCCCAAGACCACGGCACGUAUAAUCAGUCGAACACGUGGUUCGACGCACGCAUCAUAACCCCGUCUGGUCAUGACCGUGUGCCUCGCCGAUACAUUCAGGCCAAUGUUCAUGCAAGCCUCGACUUCAAAACCCACGUCAACCGUUGGGAUUCAGAAGACGACGAUGUUGGGUUACGGGAUUGGCUCGCCACUAUCCAGACUGGAGACACUGUCCAGAUCAUCCCUAUGGCCCAUUAUAUUGCUUGGACCAACUUUGUGCGAGGUGCAAAAAUUCAGCUGUGGGCAGUUCCUUCCGUGAACAUGCCGGGCCCGGCGAUCUCGCUGGUUGAAAAGAAUGAUUACAGUGCGCACCGUCAGUUGCGAGAUGACUUGAGGGAGAUUCGACUCGUCGAGAUCCUGCCGGGUGGUUUCGAAGGGCCGAUCCGCAUGGUGCUUCGGUAUACGACUUUGGAUGAUGAUCGGCUUAGAUAUGAAGCCCUCUCCUAUCGCUGGGGCGAUAUGAAGAAUCCGCAACCAGUACUGUUGAUUGACUCAGACAACUCGCAACCAAGAGAGAUGUUUAUAAACACAAACCUCUUCGCCGCUUUGCGUCAAUUCAGACGGCCGGCUGCGUCCAGGAUGCUAUGGAUUGACCUGCUUUGCAUCAACCAGACAAAUAUAAAGGAACGCACUGUCCAAGUGGCUUUGAUGGGAGAUAUCUUCACGUCCGCGGACAGCGUCUGCGUCUGGCUCGGGGAAAGUAAUCCCGACCUACAUAAAGACUGCCAAGUCAUACGUUCCAUUUCUGAUCUCUACGAACGGCCACUAGGCGGCUCUGGUGGAGAAAAGUUGGUCGAUCCGUCGAAGGAUUGCGCGGCACUCCCAAACUCACACCUCACGCACCAGAUUGUAAGCAGCGGCCCCGAAAACUGGACGUGGGACUUCACCAAUGACCAUAUAUUUCAACAGCCAUGGUUCCAACGCGUGUGGGUUCUUCAGGAAGUAUGGAACGCCACACGGGUUCGGGUCUUCUGCGGUUCUGAUGAACUCGAGUGGCAGGCGAUUCUCCAAGCCAACCACUGCUUUAAGAUGCGCGGAAUAUUGAGCAGGAAUAUACUCUCAUGGCUCUGGACCGCUCUUUUCACUGUCAAACGGGACGAGACGGAACUGAGCUGCAAUCGUGCACCACGAUUAGACAUUUUAACCAUUCUCAUCGCAGGGCACAGCAUGAAUGCAACGGAUCCAAGGGACAAGAUCUUUGCAAUGUUGGUGUUUGGCAACGAGACACAUCAAAUAGAAUCCCUGCCGGAGGAAGUUAGGCCAAACUACGAGAAGAACGUCAUCCAGGUGUAUGCUGAUUUCACUAGGUGGUGGAUAUUGCACCACAACUCGUUGAGGAUUCUCUCGGUGGUGCACACGCUUACCGGCCGGCCCUGGGUCAAUAUGUCAGGUCCCUGCGGUUCGGAUGCUAGCUUCAACUUGUCCCAGCGACCGUCAUGGAUAUUGUGGCACGAGGGCUUCAGCGAAUGGAUGCACGGCACGCUAGCACUCCACGACCAUUGCGAAUACCACGCCUCAGGGCACCGCCCCAUUGACCGCGACGUCCUUGUGUCGAUGGCUCUCACGCUACCUACCAAGGUCGCUUUACGAGGCGUCAGAGUGGGCACCAUCAACUCUCUAGCACCGUAUCCGUUCUUUCAGCAACCUGCUUCCCAAGCUAUGCAUGAAGCUUUCAUGCGGCUCUUUGAUCCCAGCGGAUCCAUCGGUACUUGGAACUCCUUCAACAUCAGGAGGUCGGUGGGGGAUUCCAUCGACAUGGCCGACCACAGCGACAAGCCAAGCUUGUGGGCGGCUCAUUACAACUCUCAUUGGAGCGGGACGCCUCAGAAUCCCACUUGGUUACCCUGCUUUCAGAACUGCAUGUUCACCACGAGGGAUGGAGGGGUUGGUAUUUGUCCAUCGGGGAGUCGAGUAGGCGAUCUGGUUGUCGUUCUGUUUGGCGGAAUGGUUCCGUAUCUCCUGCGGCCGAAGGUUCCAGCUGGGGUAGAGACAGACCGGGAGAGUACGCGCUCGAAGGAGUACUACUUCGUUGGAGAGUGCUACUUCGAGGGUUUGAUGGACGGCGAGGCUUGCUCUUCGAUAUCUGACUCGGACACAGAGGUAUUUUUGCUGGCAUAGUUGUCGACUCGUUCGCCAGUGACGCUCUCCCUCCAUAUAUUCUACCUUGAGAUGGGCUAUGCAUUUUCUUUCGCGAAAGCAGAAUCGGUGACGAACGGUUCAGCUUAUGUUUGAAGCCCGGGUUAACGAAGUUGCGAAACUUUUUCCUAUGCAAAAUAUUCACGUUGCUUUUUCGGUUCUAGAUCUGGGCACCUGAGUCUCAGCCGUCUUCAAGUCGCAGAUCAUGUUACGCCACCAAAUUCAAAAUGAC